AACAUUUCUCUAUAAUGUUAUACAGAAAUGUUUGGGUUGAACCUGUAAAUAAUAAUUAAGUGAAAAAUAAAAUGAUAACAGAUGGGAAACUUUUGGGCAUUAAAAUCAAAAUAAGUAAAAUUAUUCCAGUAAUACAGAAAAAGUAAAAAAUCCAAGUGAUAAAUGAUAUGACAUUUAAAAGGAGUAAAUACAAAGAAGUGUAUGUGUACUACCUGUAAUCACCAGCAGGGGGUGUUUUGGCAGUUUUGGCAUUUGAGGCUCUCGGACGUUUAAUCCUCUUAGCUCCCUCUUUAAGCCUCUUGAACACAGAUGACACACUGCACAAACCUCCACAGGGAGUCCAAGUCCACAAUGUACAAAAUGUACAAUGCUCAGUUGGAUGAGGGUAGCAAUGAUGAUGAUGAUAAGAACUCCCUUUUCUCAUCUUUUUGGUCCGAUGGAGAGAAACAUGAGGAGGAGGAGGAGGAGGAGAUUAUUGAGCGAAUGGUUAUUGAAGAUGAAGCCAAAUUUGUAGCGGAGGCAGGGGCCUCACUCCUGGAGGCCUCAGAGGACGAUAAACCUAAACUGAAGGACCAGGGGAACUUCACCGAAGAAGGUUCAAAAGAUGGAAGUAAUGUUGUAGAGGAGGAAGAGAAGACUGAGCGAGUGGUAAAUGAAGAAGACUCUGUAUUUGUAGCUGAAGAUGAGGACUCUUCAGAGGAGGAACAAGAAAGUAAUGGUGAGGAGGAGAUCGAGCAAGUGGUUAAUGAUGAAGAUUCCAAUCUUGUAAGUGAAGAAGAGCACUCUCUACAGGAAGAUUCAGAGAAGGAAGAUGGAAGUAAGGGAGAAAGACCUGAGCUUGACGGUGAGGGAAACUCAUCCAGUGAGAGUUAUAAUCACCAAAGUGUUGAUGAAGAGGCGGAGAAGAUGGAGCAUGUGGUAGUUGAGACUGAGGAGUAUCUCCAGGAGGAUUCAGAGGAUGAAAAACCUGAGGUCAACAACAAGGAGAACUUGACCAGCGGGAGUUCUGAAGAAAGAAGUGAUGAUGACUAUGAUGGGGAUGAUGAUGAUGAGGAGGAGGAGAAUGAGCCAGUGUUCAGUGAAGAAGACCUGUUCGAACCUGUUGUAGAGGCAGAUGACCCUCUCCUUGUGGCAUCAGAGGAGAAAAAUAGACAUAAUGAUAAGGAGGUGGAAAUUGAGCCCAAGGUUAAAGAAGAGGACUUCAAACCUUUAUAUAAGACAGACUCUCUCCAGAAGGAUUCAGUGAAAGAAAAACCUGAGGAGAACAAUCAGAAGAACUUUCCUACAUGGAGUUGGGAAGAUGAUGAUGAGCAAAAUUGCACCAUGAGUUGUAGUAGUACAGCUCCAAGUCUGAUUACCUCUGGCUAUGGUACCUACAGGCCGGAGGAACAGGAGGGUGGAGACCACAAAGACGACCACACCAUCACUGAGUUUGACCAAGACAGUCGAGGAGAUCUGUCUGAGAUGAGAGACAAUGAGGAAGACGUUGGGUCAUUUAGUAGCUAUGGCGGGUUUGACGUUGAGAAAGACUUCAGAGAAAACCAAAAUGAGAACGAACUUGAUUUUCCUGUUGCAUGUUGUGAACGUGGAGGUCGACGUGAAGAGGUGGACACUGAAGACUUAAAAUCAAACAACAAUAAAGAUCCGACAGGAGAAGAGAAAUGUGAAGAUCUACACACAGAGUCUGAAAACAAAGAGGGACGACAACGACAGCCAGACACUGCGAUUUAUGAAGACACGUAAAGAUUAGGGAUGCACUAUAUUAUUGGCCGAUAUUGGCUUUAAGAUAAAUCAUUGGAUUGAUCCCCCGAUAAGACUAAAACAAUAAGCUGAAGAAGCUUCUACCUCCUUCAAUUCUUUGCUGGUGCCCUCAUCUUUUGUUUCCCUAUUUAUUUUGUAGAAUGAAGAAAAUGUACACCUACAUUAAUAUGUAAAAAAUACUGGCUAUAUCAGAUAUUGGCAAAGAUUCUAUUAUUGUGCAUGGUCUCUAGUGAAUGUUUUCUGAUGUCUAUGCUCUCUGUUUUCUAAAACCCAACUUCUAAACUUCAGUGAACUUAAAAUGAGCUUUGUGCAAACAUGUCAAAGACUCCUUUGCUUCCUGUUGUUUGUUGAUUGAAAGAAAUUAGCCUUUUGGGCAACCCAUGGCCAAGUGGAGAGGGAACUUUAAACCAAAGGGUCCGCAGUUUGAAUCCCAACAUUUCAAGGACUGAGGUACCCAACCCCCAUUUCUCCAUGGGCGCUGAUCACUUCUAUUAAUUCUCGGGAGGUUCUUAGGGGAGGGUGGCUCAGUGGUUGUGGGUUUAAUUCCUGGCUCUGCUAGUCUUACCUGCUGAUGUGUACUCGGGCAAGACACUUUAAUUUAACCCCACAUUGCUCCUGACUGCCGGUGAGUGUGAGUGAAUAGCAAUAAGUUGAAUUCAGAAAAAGCAGAAAAUGAAAUGAAUGAAUCUAAUAUAACUUGUCUGGAACAAGACACAAUGAAGUGGUCAGCAGUAUUUCAGAGGUCUUUUAUGAAGAUAUCUGUAGUGUGUUAUGACCAUUCAGACAUUUCAUGGAUGGUUAUGUCCUCUGUUUCU